AUAACAACCAAACCGAUGUCUUCAUCAUCUUCACCGCUGAUCUUAGAUCGUCGUCUUCACCAGGAAUCCGUCCGUUUCUUUUGUUCAGACGUUUCCGUCAGCAGAAACUGCUUCUUCAGAGUCGGAUCAGAACCGGCUGAAGCAGCAGCUCUGCAGAGCCGCUUGAGUUCCAACAGUCGGUUGGAAACGGCGCCUCAGCUGUUUGCAGACGCAGCUGGAUUGAUGGGGUUUGCUGACAGGAAGCUGCAGACGAGCGCUGCCUGUCAGAUUCUUAUCGGCCGACUCGCAGCCUCAUCGGUUCUGACUCCUGUGAAGUGGGGAGUUAUUCAAGCAUUUGGACCAGAACCACCCAACCCGUCGUGAUCCCAAUGACCUUCAGCUGUGACCUCUGAUGACCUCUGAGGCCAUCUCCGGGGAAGCUCGUGAUGAAUAGGAACCGUCUGGGAGACACAGCCCCGCCCCCACGCAGUCAAGCUCCACCCACUCUCACAGAGCAGAACUUUGACCAGAACCUGAGCCUGAAAAUCAGUUCCUGUCAGAGGACGGAUCAAUGUGACAGUUUAACACACAGACCUACAUUUCCCAUGAUUCAUCUGGAAGGAAAAGGAGGGUUCAUGUCUGGAUCCCUGUGGGACUCCACUGGUUCUGUUCUGAUAAGUUCUGCUUAAAUAAAGUGUGAAGGUGAAGGCCCGGAGAACUGGGUCGUCUCAUUCAGCUGCAGAAACGGCGUCCUCAGAGGGGGCGGAGCUUUAGAAGUCUGGUCUGGUUUCUAUUGUCCAGAUGGUUUUCUCCUUGGUGCUGGGCUGGUUCAGGACCCGGUCUCCAUCUGGGCCUGACUGGAUCCUCUGCUGAGCGGUUCUGGUUGGGGGGCCCCGCCCCCCUCCUCGGUGUGGUUUCCUGUUUGUAGGUGGGAGGAUGUAGAGACGGUUGCAGCAGCGUUCUCACAGCGCUGCAGCUUCUUCACAGCCGCCGUCUCGGCUCCGCCUCCUGAUUGGUGCAGCAGUCCCCCUUCACAUUUCCAGCAGCAGAGUGUCGGCGGGCAGUUUGAUCGGCCCACACACAGCAGCACCGCCUGGUGAGUCACACCUGAACCCUGGUGCCCAUCAGCAGCUCUCUGAGGGGGCGGAGCCUGGAUGACAGCGCAAGCCGCGAAGACGAAGACAUCCUGAGACAUGGUGGCCUCGCCGUGAGGAGCGCGUGUGAAGACCUGCAGGCCGAGCAUCCCUCCGUCCUCUCCCGGUUCCCCCCGCCCCUCAGGUGAGCCGCCGUCCUCACAGGUGAACCAUGGAGGUCUCCUGGUUCCUCCUCCUGGUGUCGGCCGCCGUCUUAGCCGCCAUCUUCCUGCUCCUGGUUGUCUGUGUGGACUGCUCAAACCAAGACCCCAUGGCUCACAUCCGCCAGGGGUCAGCCUCAGAGGAGGACGUGUCGAACUCAGGAUUCGUCAUCAUCCACCCACGAUCCACGCUGCCGUUUCUGGGUGGAAACCCCGCCCACCCCUCGUCCGUCAUGCUGUCUCCGUACCCGAAUGCUGAUGAGGUUGGAUUGCGGCCCACCACCCCGACAGAAACCGAGAGCAACCCCAGCUACGAGAACUCAGGAACGCCUCCGGGGCGGCCAGAGAGCGACCCCGAAGAGACCGGAUACAUAAUCGUGUUGCCAGAAAACGACCCAGAAAAAAGCCGCGCCUCCAUGCCCUGCUCAGACGGGCAGAACUCCUCCUCCUCCUCCUCAGAUAAUCUACACGAGUACGUGAACGUAGAGUCCCCUGGGUCUGGCAACUACCUGAACGUGGUUCCAAGUCCAAACAACGCAAGAUCGACCCCUGAGCCGUCGUGUCCGAGCUUCAGCGACGAUGACGACGACGACGAUGACGACGAUAGUAACUACGUGAACCAGCCUCCGAUCCACCACAGCUAGCCCGGUGCAUGCUGGGAGACCCCCCCACGGAAACAGGCCUUGACUGACAUGACUGACUCCUCCCCCAAAACAAAUCCCAGAGAUAUUUCAGAAUAAAAGAUUGAAUGAAUGCACUUAUGGUAAAAGAAAAUGUUUUGAUUGAAAUGAUUUGUUUUACUCGAUUGUUAAAAAAACAAAAUUCUGCAAAUUUAAAAUCUGAAUAGAUUUCAGAAGAAAGUUGAAAUGAUUUAGAGUUUUCAGAACUUGAACCUGAAAACGUUCCUGUUCCUAAGAAGUUUCUAGUGUUCCUGGUUGGCUCCCAUAGCUAUCCCAUAAUAAUCCUCCUUCACUGUGAUACAGCAGCAGUUGUCUCUGCAGCCUCCGUCCUGGUCCGGUCCGGUCCACGCUCCGUCUGCCGCUCGACCGUCCUGGAUCUCCUCUGGGGGGUCAGGAAGGUCCGAGCAUCUCGUGUUUAAGCUUCACUUUACUGACGACUCCUGAGAAUGUCUGUGUGUGGUUACCAUGGUUACUGCUGCCAUGGAGACCCAUUCCAAUAAACGAGAAAACCUGA